AUGCCACCCUCCACCGUUUUCUCGUAUUGGCGUCGGGAUCACCGUCGAACCAGCCCGGCUCCUGGAUCAGAAUCGCCCCUGGGGUUGUCGCCCAGUGCCUUUGCUGAUGCACCGCCCCAGCUGCCAGGUCUGCCUCCUUCAACGACCUUGGGCGAUACUAUCGUCGAGUCAACAACAUCAUCAACAACCACCACCGGUCCGCCCGAGCCUCUACCGUUGGUGCCCUCUUUCUUCGAAAAGACUGGGGAUAUUAGCGAUGAAAAAUCGCUAGCGUUUGGGCUGACCCCGCAACAUUCGCUGAGCAACCUCAGAGCACCGUCGCCGUCAUUGGAAAAUCUCGUGCGGCUCCAUUCAUGCCCGGAAGACGUCAAUUUUGCGCAGGAGAGUCCGUCACAAGAACAUGCCGUAAAUCUGGAUCAGAUCCAGACGAAUCAUCCCUCCAAGGCAAAUGGGAGCUGGCGCUUAGGAUUCAAGCAAAAUGCGGCAACAACAAACCCACAGACUGACGAUAGCAAGACCACCUCGCGCAGCGAGGCCACAGGGAAGAGUUUGCUAAUCAACACCAAUGUCAAUGGAACAUCGGGAUUUGUUGGUGGCGCCUCGUUGAAAGAUUAUAAAAGUACGCAAAGUCGACAAGAUAGCGAGCAAUCAGCAGAACCGACCCAGCAAAAGCUGGGUAGAAGGACCAAGCUACAUCGGCUCAAUCCCAUCUCGCUCCUAGCACAUCGGAGAUCCUCUCAAAUAGCUCAUUCGCGUCAAGAGGACAGCAAUUUUAGUGGUCAAAAUGGCGUCCCCGCGAUUCCGGACGAUUACGAUCCCAGAAUUCGCGGCAGUAUCGUGCAUGACUUUUCAGCACCACGGCCCCGUCGUAAUGCACCAGGUGCCACUAAUGUCCAAGAUACGAUAAAAGAGGAGGAUCAAUCGAAGGACAAAUCUGAGCAGCAUAAGCGCCACAGCGAGUAUUCUCCGGUCUUCAAAGAACAUUUCUCGGAGGACCGCAAAGUUCUGCAAGUCGAAAACAAGGGCUAUUUACAGUCUUCCCUGCUGACUGAAGCUCAUCUGAACGAACGCGAUUCAUCGGAUUUGCCAGCAUUUGCUCGAAAGUUACCAUUCAGCAUCCCGGAGAACAAUGACCAGUCUAUCGAGCCCAGCGCCGAAGUGUCCGAGCAGGUGCCAUCAAAACGAGCAUCAAACUCUCGGAAAUCCGCGGAGUCUUCGCGACAAGUUCCGAUGCGUCUCAAGAGUGACGCCUCGAGAUUUAGCUUCGACAUGGGUGGUGUCGAAUCCUCUACUCAAGAGAAGCUCUUGGAAGAAAAGCACAAGGAGAAAGAAGCUGCACGCAAGGAAAGUGGUCGGCAGAGCCGAUCCAGUUAUAGUGACUUUGAUGAGGAUGAUUUCGACUAUGAUGCCCUGGAAGACGACAGCUUCUUUGAAGAAAGGAUUCCAGGGGUCAACACCGACGCAGACUACGACGAUCAAUUCAGUGGGUUUGCCGGGGUUGUGAAGACUCCUAAUCCCCUUUUCGUCCCAGUCCUGCCUCCCAUUGCUGCCAGUCCAAUCAGUCCGAUGAAUCCAUAUAAAAAUACGCUCAACACUACCGCUGGCGCUGUACCUGAAAUUGUCAUUAAUCCCGUUGAUGCUAGUGCAUCUCCUCAUCUUGAAAGCAGCCGUUCAUUGUCGGACUAUGGGGAUGAAGAAGGUGAAACCGAGAAGGACGCGACAUUCGAACAUGUUGCCCCAGCGGAGCCCGAACCACGACCAAGACCAGUUCCCCAAGCCGAGACGAAAGAACCCCAGCAAUACGACGAGGACGAGGAUGAUAUAUAUUUUAACGAUGGAGACAUUGAUAUUGAUGACUUCCCGACAGUUGAUGCAAACGAGGGAGCAUUUGACGAAUCGAUUUUUGAUGAUGAGAAUGGCGAGCUCUACGAACGCAAGUUUUAUCCAGGCACAGUAAUCCCAAUCACAGCUCAAAAUGAGCCUGACGCAGAGCCUCCCCGGCAAUCCAUGGAUUCUACAGCUAGCAAAGCUACGCAUCUCAGACAAGUCCCCAGCCUGGCGAGCGAGUUUCGCCCGGAGUCAUGGGAUAUCCAAAACGAAGCAGCCGCCACCUUUCCCGGCGGAGAUGGGCCGAAGAAGCCCCCAGGCGGAGUACUAUCUGAACAUAAUCUGGAAGCCUUUCAUAGUGCUCUAGCUCGGGUCGCCGAUGAAGCUGCAGCCGAUCAUCUUCUUCACCGCAAUAUAAGCCUCAGUGAAACCUCGGUUGGCCAAGAAAGCAUCUCACAGAAUGCAGACUCGCAUCCGGGGUUAAUCUCGGAUGACAGUCGACUCAGCCACACCAUGGGGGCUGAAGAUGCGGUUGACGACUUCAACUACGAUGACGAUGAUGCCUUUGAUGAUGACCUCAUAAUCGCUGAAGCAAAUGCCGACGCUUUAGAGAAUGACGACGAAGGGUUUUACGGCGAAGAAUUUGGGUUCUACGCACGUGAUGAUGAGAAUUGCGACUCCCAACUCACCUAUGGCGGAUACUUUGGCCCAGGGGCUGGAGGUAUCAACCGUAGUCAUAGCGGCGGAGCGAACUUUCAUGGACCUAGUUUGACGCCCAUCACGGAGCGGAGCGAAUGGAGCACGCGCAAUUCAAUCGUAUCCCUCACGACUCACGGGCAGCCCAACCCCUUGCCCAACCCAGGCUUGGCCCAGUUAGUUGACUUUGGUAAUCUUGACGAUGAUAUCUCCUUUGAGGCACUGAUGAGGCUCCGCCGCGGUGCUUUUGGUGGCAGCAAUGGCAGUCUACGGAGCAGUGCUGGCAGCCUUUCUCCCCAGGGUGGUCCAUAUGGGCAUUCGAAUCGAGCGAGUUUUAUGAGUAUUCCCGAAGACAGCCCCGUGGACUUGAAUUCCGGCACAGAGUUUCCGUCGCACCUAGCCGACUACUCCGCGGGUGCUGAGACGGACAGUUUCCCUUCGUCGGAAGAGCACAGUUCCCCUGGAAGCCCAACAAUGGUAUCUGGUCUAUCGGCCGAUCCCGAACACGACGCUUCAGGAGAGGACGCACUGGGGACAACCCCGAAGCCCUCUCAUAGCAGAGCGAGCAGUUCAGCCAGCAUCAGCUAUAAACAAGAGACAGUGGAGGACGGAUCCCCCAAGUGGGUUCUAGAGCGCCGCCGGACAGGCGACAGCGGCGAAAUGGAAGUCUACCAGCGCGAGGUUCUUGAGGGCAGCCGAAUUUGA